AUGUGGCCACCGCCCAGCCGAGCACGGCUCCCGCGCGCCUUGAUGCUGCUGGCCGCGCUGCUGGCCACUGGCCGAGGGCUCCCACUGAGGAAGCGAGGUCCCGGGCCCCACGGCCACUCGAGGAUGGCGGAGGCCUCCCCUGCCCCAGAUCUCAGCUCCCCCAAGGAGAAGGACACAACACCAGGAUUCCCUGGAGACCAUCUGCAGACAGAACCAUGUCGACCUGGGUGCCAGACCAUCCCUGAGCCAGCAGCUCUGACUCUGGGUACAGCCACCUCUCCCAGGACCCUGGAACACACCCCUCUGCUGCUGGAGCUGCAGAAGCUACCAGGGUUGGCCAACACGGACUUGAGCGCACCAAACCCCAAUAUCCAGGUGACCAUCGAGGUGGUGCAGGACCCUCAGACUGAGGUAGAGAUGGACCUGCCUUCUGAGCCCAGCAAUCUCUGGCCCCUGCAUGCCCCUAGCUGGUUGCCCACCAAGGAAUUCUUUUGGCCCCUCUUCUGGGGCUACCAGGAAGGUGAAGAAGGAGCCACCAGCCUCAGAGACAGGGCUCCAGGGGAAGCAGAGGCGGAAGAAGGAAAGGACUAUGCUGUGGAGUACGGCGAGGGUGAGGACCAAAGGGGACCUGAAGAAGGUGAGGAUGAGGAGUCCAGUGGGGCCAUAGACAACUGGGACUAUGGCUGGUUGGGUCCUCAGGCACAAGACUUCCAACAACCAGACAGCUAUGACUAUGAACCCCAGGAGGAGUGGAGCACCUGGUCUCCCUGCAACGGGAGCUGCGGCAGCGGACACCAGCAGAGAACGCGGCCCUGCGGCUAUGCCUGCACUGCCACCGAGUCCCGAGUCUGCGACCUUGCCCCCUGUCCUGGCACCGCAGAGGAGAACACGUUGGGUUUUCCCAGUGAGGGGUGGCAGCCCCUUGCCCACAAUGCAACGGAUAUGCUUGAUCCAGAUGUGGACAGCUGUGAGAAGUGGCUGAACUGCAAGAGUGACUUCCUAGCUAAGUACCUGAGCCAAGUGCUCAAGGACCUGCCCAGUUGCCCGUGUGCAUACCCUCUGGAGGCAGUGUACAGCGCCGCCGUGAGCCUGCAGGACGAACAUCAGGGUCGCAGCUUCCAGUGGCGGGAUGCGAGUGGUCCACAGGAGCGCCUGGACAUCUACCAGCCUACGGCGCGCUUCUGCCUGCGCUCCAUGCUGUCUAGCGAGAGCAGCACCUUGGCUGCCCAGCACUGCUGUUAUGAUGAAGGCAGCCGGUUGCUGACCCGUGGCAAAGGGGCAGGGGCCCCGGACCUAGUCAGCACCGACUUUUCACCUGAGCUUCACUUCAAGGUAGAUAGGCUGCCCUGGAUCCUGUGUAAAGGGGACUGGAGCCGCUACCACACUGUGCGCCCCCCAAACAAUGGCCGGGCCUGCACAGACAACCCACCAGAAGAAGAGUACCUGGCUCAACUGCAGGAGGCCAAAGAGUACUAAAGAGGACUUAGAGCAUGCGCCUUCUGCCCUUUACCCUGCCCCUGCUCAGACUGGGCAACUAUUAGGGCUCAUCUGAGAGGCAGUCAGGCAUGCAUAUCCCCCUCUUAUGACCCUGAGUCAGGAGAACUCAUGCGUCUCAGGGUCUGGUGAGAAGGUUGGAGGGUGUUGUCCGGCACAAGGCCUCUGGGAUGUGUUGGGAAGGGGAGGAGCUAUCCCAGUCUGGCCAUGGGUCUUUCCCUCUCUCUAGGAAUGGGGCCCUUCUGCCUUUUCCUCUGUUCGGGAUUGAGCCAAGGUGGUCCAGAUACAUCCCAGUUCCCAAGAUCUGUUGUGAAUCCCUUAGACCCCCACCCCACCCCCACCCAUCCACCCUAUGGCCAGUUGUGGAAGAACACAGGGAGGGGUGGAGCAAGAUAGGACAGUCCUUUCAUCUGACCCUAAAGCUGUUUUUUGCUGGGCUAGCAGAACCGGAGUGACCACCCCUCCUUGUGGCACACAGCUUCUACCCUGUCCCAUGUGGUGAGGCCGUCAGUGGAGCUGAGGGGAGAUUGCUUCCAGUCAGGGAACCACCAGCUGUUUCUGGUCCCCAGAUGAUAGACAUGCACAUGUUACCACCGCCAUGGCAGCCAGGCUUGGGUUGAACUCAGUACUAAGGGUGGGUUCAGGAGGGAUCAUGCACCUGUCGAAAGUGUGACAGGGCAGACGGUCCUGAUAUUGGAUGUGGGCCAUUUGUGGUGUUGGUACCCACACCAGUGGCCCACUUAACGCCCCCCCUGCCCCCCCCCCCGUGUGGCACCCCUGUAAGCACUGGACUUGGAGUUGGGAGAUGGGUGCGUUGGCUCCCAGCACACUGUGCCUUUCCCCAGACACCUGUGAUCCCCAAACCACACUUCCUUGGUUUCUCUGGAGCUGAAAUAUUGUAGACUCUCUGUUUCCAUUCACAAAUCUCCAAUAGGGGCUUGGUAGGGAACUUGAGUUCCAGCCCAGUCCACAGCUGUCCGGAAGCUGUCCUGGGAUUCUCAGCAAUAAAGCACUUUAUUUUUACAUACA